UAGGGCUCCACAACAAGGGUAUCUCAUCUCCGAAAUCUAUAAUCCCCAAUGAAUACGGAUUAGCUGAACAUGAUGGUUGUUCAGUGGGCUGUAGAACCAAUAAUAAGGGUGAUGUUUGGCAUCCGUGAUGAUACCUCACACCUGAUUUUUUGAAAAUCAGUGAUUACUGAAAUCAAUGAUUUUCCAAAAGUUAUCUUUUUUUGUGAUUUGGUAUCAUUUCCUCCAUAUCAACCAAUAUUUUAGAAAUCACUUUUGAGAAUGUUUGGUAUUGAUUUUUAAGCAUAAAAGCACACCUCGCCCAUACUACACAGGAUGCCACCUCACCCAUACUACACAGGAUGCCACCUCACCCAACAAAAUUCAGAAUCGCCUGAAAAUCGGGAAAUCAUCGAAUGUUACGAUGAUCCCUCACUCAGGCCGAUUUUAAGGAUUGAUUUUUUUUGCUGAUUUCUCAAAAAUCGGCAUAAUUAGCCAACCAAACAGAAAAAAAAAAAAAAAAUCACUGAUCUUUCUUCAAAUGUUGAUGUGAAUCCGAUGAUAAAUUCAUGGACACUAUAUCAUUCGUUCCACAACCCGCUGUAAAAAUACGGAUCCCAUCUAAUCCUUGCUCAGUUCAGUGCAAGAGGAUUCAAUCCCAAUCUCCGCUACACCCAUCUGCAAACCUUACCAAUCAGCCAAUCUUGUUCCAGCAUCUAUAUAUCAGGUACGUGAAGCAGGGCCCAUAUCCAGCUAGUGGGCUGAGCAGGUUUGUAGUUACUUAGUACUUAGUACCAGACCAGCUGUGAUGUUGUCGGGUCAAAUCAGGUCCGUCCACCUCGUCCUACCCAUUUAACCGCCUUAUAAUACUGAUAAGCCUUUAUAAUUAUAAUAGAAUAAUGGGUCAAUCCAGUGGACCAAAAGCUAUAAGCCCAAGUAUCCAAGCCCAUCCACUAAAUCAACCUCAAAACCCACGAUUCGAAGCUUCCUAUAGUCCCUAGACCCUAGUGCUUGCCCCUCUCUCUCUCUCUCUCUGAAACACACAAAAUACAGAAACCACUAAAACAAGAAAGAGCAGGGAAACAGAGCACAAACAAAAAUGUCAGCAAAACUCAUUCACACAUUACCAUUUCUAUACGCAGUGGUCCUGUCAUGGAGAGUAGCUGAUGCUGUCUACUCUUCUGCAUCCCCACGUUCAUACUCCUCCUCUCCAUCCACAAUGACCGAGUGGCGAUCCGCUCGCGCCACCUACUACGCCGCGUCCGACCCUAGGGACGACGUCGGAGGAGCCUGCGGCUACGGGGACCUGGUCAAGAGCGGCUACGGCAUGGCCACCGUCGGGCUGAGCACCGCCCUCUUCGAGCGUGGCCAGAUCUGCGGCGCCUGUUUCGAGCUCCGCUGCGUCGACGACCUGCGAUGGUGCAUCCCGGGGACUUCCAUCAUUGUCACCGUCACCAACUUCUGCGCCCCCAACUACGGCCUGCCGUCCGACGGUGGCGGCCACUGCAAUCCUCCCAACAAACACUUCGUCCUCCCCAUCGAGGCCUUCGAGAAGAUCGCUAUCUGGAAAGCUGCCAAUAUGCCCAUUCAGUAUCGCAGGAUGAAGUGCAGAAAGGAGGGUGGGAUCCGGUUCCGGAUUGAUGGAUCGGGUUACUUCUAUUCGGUGCUGAUCAGUAAUGUUGCUGGUGCUGGUGAUGUAGUGGCUGUGAAAAUUAAGGCGUCAAGAACAGGGUGGCUUCCAAUGGGGAGGAAUUGGGGGCAAAACUGGCAUGUGACUGCUGAUUUGAAAAACCAGCCACUGUCAUUUGAAGUCACCACUAGUGAUGGGGUCACUGUUGUGUCUUACAAUGUUGCACCCAAAGAUUGGAGCUUGGGACAGACCUUUGAAGGCAAGCAAUUUGAGUCAUAGAACACAAUGAUACUAAGCAAAACAACUACAGGGAAGAAAAAUUAAGCAAAUAUUUUUUGUCUAGAAGACAAAGGCUGUAAGGAUGGAAAAGAGUUUCUUUUUGAACAUAGAUAUUAGGAGGGAAGGGAUGGGAUUAAUUAUUUGGGUCCUUGUAUUGAGGUACUAGUUUUGCAGAUAUCAGCUGGAGCAUUCAUGGCUUCAGAUAUGAUCACGGAGAAGUUUUAUAGAGGAUACGGUAUCGCAAUGCUGAAGUAAAGAGCUUCGGCAAUGCUGAUAUCGGUGAAUGUAUUUAGGGUUUGAUGUUUCAAACUUGAUUCUUGUGGCAUAAUUGAAACAUUGUAAUAUCAACACAGAUUAGUAUCUUGGAUAUGAUAAGAAUUUCAUUUUUCUUCCUUC